AUUCAAGAAAAAGCCAUGGCAGAAAUGGUAGAGACAGAGGACAGGAAUUGUGCAAUGAGUUGGGGCGGAUAUGUGGAAGAGCUGAAGAAGGCAAGCCGCAUAGCAGCGCCGAUGGUGGCGGUGACAGUCCUGCAAUACCUUUUGCAAGUUGUAUCCGUGAUAAUGGUUGGGCAUCUCGGUCAGCUGUCUCUCGCUAGCGUUGCCAUUGCUACAUCCAUCACCAAUGUCACUGGCUUUAGCCUUCUUUCAGGAAUGGCUGGUGGAAUGGAGACUCUAUGUGGGCAAGCUUAUGGAUCGCAGCAAUACAAAAAACUUGGAGUCUAUACUUACAGCGCCAUCAUCUCCCUCAUUCUUGUUUGCCCCACAAUUUGCAUACUGUGGAUAUUCAUGGACAAACUGUUACCUCUCGUUGGCCAAGAUACACAAAUCUCCCACAAAGCUCGCCAAUAUUCGCUUUGGUUGAUCCCAGCACUGUUUGCAAGCGCGAUCCUUAAGCCAUUGACGCGAUAUUUGCAAAUGCAGAGUUUGAUUCUUCCAAUGCUCCUAACUGCAUUUUCCAUAUUGUGUUUCCAUGUGCCUGUAUGUUGGACUCUUGUGUUUAAAUUGGAUUUAGGAGAUCUUGGAGCAGCAAUAGCCUUUAGUUUAUCAACUUGGUUGAAUGUGAUAUUGCUUGGGAUUUAUGUCAAGUAUUCACCCACUUGUGAGAAAACUCGUUCACCAUUGUCCAAGGAUGCUUUUCUUGGUGUUUCUGAGUUCUUUCGCCUUGGUGUUCCUUCAGCUAUAAUGGUUUGCCUUAAAUGGUGGUCGAUGGAGCUGCUAACUCUGCUAUCAGGCCUUUUACCAAAUCCAAAGCUAGAGACAUCGGUACUAUCUAUCUGCUUAACUAUAUCGACAUUGCACUUCACUAUACCAUAUGGUUUUGGAGCAGCUACAAGCACAAGAGUUUCCAAUGAACUAGGAGCUGGGAACCCUGAACUAGCUCGGAUGGCAGUCAAGGUUGGAAUGUCCAUGGCAACCACAGAAGCAGUCAUUGUGAGCACAGCUCUCUUCUUCAGUCGACACAUCAUUGGAUAUGCUUACAGCAAUGAGAAGCCAGUGGUGCACCAGGUUGCGGUCAUGGCUCCUUUGCUUUGCAUCUCACUGGUUACAGAUAGCAUGCAAGUUGUUCUUUCUGGAGUUGCUAAAGGAUGUGGAUGGCAACACAAAGGGGCCUAUGUAAAUCUUGGCGCAUUUUAUCUUAUUGGAUUGCCAAUGGGAAUCAUACUUGGUUUUGUAGCACAUUCAAAUGGAAGAGGCCUUUGGAUUGGAAUAGUAGCUGGUUCAAUUGUGCAAACUAUCCUUCUUUCUCUUUUUGUUAUCUUCAACAAUUGGGAUAAACAGGUAGCCAAGGCCAAAGACAGGAUAGGGAGAUCUUCCAUGGAGAAUUAGUCAUAUUUUGGCUUUACCAAAUGGAAAAGAACAACACCUACCAAAGUAAUUAAGAUUUACAAGUCCAAUUAGAAGAGAUAAUGGUAAGGGAAAAAUGUGGAUUAAACAUAAUUCAAAAUCAUCCCUUAAAAGACUAUGGAAAAUUAAUGAUCCGUCAGCUCAUUUACUUUCCAUGGAUGAGUGUAUGUACGGCUAAUUUAAAGGAACAAGCUUUCUUUUUUAUGUCAAGUCAAGAAAUUUAUUGAAGGAAAGGACAGGGUGCAAAAGGAAAGACCGAAGAAGGUCUCUCAAGACCCAUGGAAGGAAGAAAACAGAGGAUUCCCUGUUUGUACCAGAUAACGUAAAGCCUCCCAAGCAUUUAAACCAACUAAAGCAG